GCUUGUCUCUGGGAUUGGGAAUGGGAAGGGGGCGGGCAAGAGGAGGGCAGGGACAGGGUUGGGGUGCAUGGAUUGGGAUUAGUAGAGGGGUCCAGUCUGAGGUGGGAGAUGGGUGAUAAAUUCUGCUGCUCACUUUCGACGUCAGAGGGAGAGAGAGCAGCAAACAUGAUUUAUUUGUUGCUCAUCCGGGUUCCGCUGCUGUAUGCAAUGCCUUGAUGUAUCUCUGUGCCUUGCUGUGGGGUGGGGAGUGCUGAUUUCCUCUGUGUGUGUGUCUGUGUGUGUGUGUCUGUGUGUGUGGCAGUGUUCCGCUGAAUGAUCAGCUCCCGCUCCAUGUGGAAGUCAGCGAGCCAGCCGCUCCUGUUGUCUAUUUAAUGGCUCGGGGAUGGACAUAGCUCUGGUGAGGCUGCAGGACGGCGGAGCGGCUCUGGGGAGCUGUCAGAGAGGUGGAGGUGUUGGAGGUGGGGGAGGCGGUAUCUCGGCGCCCCUGGCUGUGAGCGCUGGCCCGGGCGAGAUGAACGCGGCGGGGCCGCUGAAAGCGGCGGAGCAGGCUCCUCCGGUGGACAACCUGCCGCAGCAGCUGCUGGAGGUGAACCGCUCGGAGCGGGUGGUGAUCAACAUCGCCGGGCUCCGGUAUGAGACCCAGCUGAGCACGCUGAGCCAGUUCCCGGACAGCUUGCUGGGCGACCCGGAGAAGAGGAUGCGCUACUUCGACCCGCUCAAGAACGAGUACUUCUUCGACCGCAACCGGCCGUGCUUCGACGGCAUCCUGUACUUCUACCAGUCGGGCGGCAGGAUCCGCAGACCCGUCAAUGUCUCCAUCGACAUGUUCGCCGACGAGAUCCGCUUCUACAAGCUGGGGCCCGAGGCCAUGGAGAGAUUCCGCGAGGACGAGGGCUUCAUCAAGGAGGAGGAGAAGCCGCUGCCCCGCAACGAGUUCCAGAAGCAGAUGUGGCUCCUCUUCGAGUACCCGGAGAGUUCCAGCCCGGCCCGGGGCAUCGCCAUCGUCUCGGUGCUGGUCAUUGUCAUCUCCAUCAUCAUCUUCUGCCUGGAGACCCUGCCCGAGUUCCGCGAUGACCGGGACAGCGCCGGGAACUCGCCGCACAACGCCAGCGCCCAGAGCCCCGGGGGAAGCAGCAGCAGCAGCAACAGCAACAGCCUGACCGACCCCUUCUUCAUCAUCGAGACCACUUGCGUGGUCUGGUUCACCCUGGAGCUGCUGGUCCGCUUCCUGGCCUGCCCCAGCAAGUCGGUCUUCGCCCGGGACAUCAUGAACAUCAUCGACAUCGUGGCCAUCAUCCCGUACUUCAUCACCCUGGGCACCGAGCUGGCCGAGCAGCAGUCCAAUGGUCAGCAGGCCAUGUCCCUGGCCAUCCUCAGGGUCAUCCGCCUGGUGCGGGUCUUCCGCAUCUUCAAGCUCUCCCGCCACUCCAAGGGCCUGCAGAUCCUGGGCCAGACCCUCAAGGCCAGCAUGAGGGAGCUGGGCCUGCUCAUCUUCUUCCUCUUCAUCGGGGUCAUCCUGUUCUCCAGCGCCGUCUACUUCGCCGAGGCGGACGAGCCCCGCUCCCACUUCAGCAGCAUCCCCGACGCCUUCUGGUGGGCGGUGGUCACCAUGACCACGGUGGGCUACGGCGACAUGAAGCCGGUCACCAUGGGCGGCAAGAUCGUGGGCUCGCUGUGCGCCAUCGCCGGCGUCCUGACCAUCGCCCUGCCCGUGCCCGUCAUCGUCUCCAACUUCAACUACUUCUACCACCGGGAGACGGACAACGAGGAGCAGGCACAGUACCUGAAGGACGACACGGACAGCGAGCCCAGUCACUCAGAGGAACUGAAGAGGAGCAGGAGCUCCCUGGGCAAACCCCUGGAGAACAGUGAGGGGGUGAACAAUGGCGCAGGGGCCCACCUAAAGGUCAACAGUGCCCCAGACAUCAGGAAAUCUCUGUACGCGCUCUGUCUGGAUCCAAACACAGAGACCGACCUGUAGCCCGCGGCCACUUUCCACCUGACAACUCUCCACAGAAAGACUUGUUUGGGGUUGAAAACAAAAAAAAACACCCAGCAUUUGUACAAACCACAGAGGUUAGAUUAGUUAAGCGAGAAGAAAAUAUCAAUUUUAUACACCGUUCUUUAUCAGACAGAGAAAGAUUCCAAGAGAUUUAUGUAAAUCUGCAAAACUGGGUUGUAUGAGAACAGACGAAGAUUGGGAUUAAAUACCUGAAGUUUAACACAUGAACUGUGAAGUAAUAAAAGUUGAGACGACAGAGCGAUGAAACAACAAAAGAUAAUCAACACGUAUUUUUGAACUGGAAACAUAUUUCACAAAUAGAUGAUCACAAAUAAUUCUGGAUUUAAUACUUGCUAUGAUUCGUCUUUUAUCUUGUGAAAAUGUUUAGAGGAAGUGAACGUUUGGACAACAUUAUAUGUUAGGGACUGCCUUAUAACUAUCGCAAAUCUAUAACAAUUUGAAACAAAUCUUGUGAUGUGGAAGGAUUUUUACCAGAUUCUGAACUGAUAUUCAGAACACCCAUGUCUUCAAAUGGACAAAACACCUGUCUCUUGUGAGUGGCUCACUGCUGCAGGCACAUGAUCGAAGGACGAGGACUGAGCUGGGCUGGAAUACUUUCUGAAGGCUGAGCCAGAGAUUUUACAGAAUUGCAAGCCAAAUCCAGAGUCUGAAGGAAGAGAAUAGAUAUUCAUGGGAGUGAGGUGAAAAAGUAAUCUUCUAAAAUUGCAUUGGCGAUAAUCGGGAUGAAUUGACUCCUGAUUGACUUCACCACUGCUUGUCAUUCUGUAAUGACAUCCUUUUUUGACUGGUGAUAACGGAGGAUGCCGAGAAGGGAAAAUAAAACUAACACACAAAAAACAGAAAAGGUGUUCACAAAGAGUGAAAAUUUCAAGAUGGAAGGGCAGAAUCAUUGAGGUAAAAAAGUCCACUGGAUCUUCAGGCAAACAGACAACUGAUUGGUUACCAAUGGGCUUUCUGCCAGUAUUAGGACCCCAGUGAAAGAAGCUCUACUUGCUAAUCAGAAGCUGACAGCUCUAGAACCAGAUGGUGCUGCUGGGGGACAAACAUGGGAUCUUAAAUGAAGGAUUACCAGCUAAAAAGGUACAGUGAUAAGUUUUGUUUUGUAGGCAGAUCAGACCAUAUAAAGUGCAUGAGGGUAGUAGAACAGGGUGGAGAGUACAAUAUUACAGCUGCAGAGAAGGUGCACAAAGAGCGAGAUCAACACUAAGUUUAAGAUUGACAGGUCUACUCAAAAGUGUAAUAACAGUGGAGAAGGAACUAUUGUUGAAUCUGUUGGUACCGUGAACAAAAGAGUCUAUGAAACCAAGCUCCGCAGGUGCUGGUAAACAGUUUCACCCUGGACUGAUAAGAGAAGUCUUUUUUGAAGAUCAGUUAACCACAUAAAGCAAUUGUUAUCAGGUACCCCUAAUAAUUAGAAGUGGAAAAGAACUGUGAAUUUAAAAUCUACAGAACACCAUCCCAACCUGAAAUAAGAAGGGAAGUUCUUACUGGAGAUCAUAUUACCACAAAAAAGCCACUGUCAUCAGUAGCCAAGUCUACUUUGCACAUGCUGACACUCUACUGAUGUCUGACUUCAUCAACAGCUUCAAGAAAAAUCACUUCCACUGCUUUAAGUGUCCUCAGUUACCAUUAUUGUGCCUUCUGGAACUGGACUUUUCUUGCGACCAUUCAGACUGCAGGAUUUUAAAAGAUACCCCAUCAUCACAGAUUCUAUUAAAAUCACUCUGAGCUGAAAAGUAUUUUUUUAAUGUUGAUUCCAACAAAUCAUAGCAAAUUCAGAUUUGGUUUCUUAUGGUUUACAAUAUGGAAAUAAAUGUAAUGUAUGCAAUUGAAAAGUUUUAUGGAAUUGUAUAAUCCUAAAAUGGUGAAAGCACAAAAGAGGGCCAUUCAGCUUGUUGUUUCUGUACUGGCCCUCUGAAGGAACAACUCCCCUGUGCCUUUUACCUGCAGCCCUGCAAAUGUUUCCUUUUUACUAUUUACUUUGUUUUAAAAUGCUUCUACCUAAUGUACCACAGGAAUGUGCGUUUUCUGCGCUACUUUUAAGUCUCAUGACCUAUGUAAAGAGUUUUAACUGCAUGAUCUCAGAGUAAAACACCAGAAUCUAAUCCCAUGUCCACUUAUACAUCAAAAAUUCCCUCAUUACUGAGGAAAUUCACCAUGAAUAUCCUAAAACUACUCUGUUUCAUUGGUAAAAUAAUCCAGGUGCAAAUUAGUACCUACUAACCUAAUUUCAAACAAAAUGUCUUUUUCGGUAUUAUAAUUCAGAAUGUAUUUGCUGUGAGAACCUUGUUCAAUCACGUUGUAUACCUUGUCAUAGUUUCUUGUUCCACUCUUGCUAGCUCUGUGUUACACAUGUUGAUAACCCAUUUUUGAAAAGUUGUUGCCCAAAUUUUACUUUUGUAUUUCUCUUAAAUUGAGCGAUCACCUCAUUGUCUACAUAAUGGAAACACUUGGCUGAAAUAACAUUCUGUAGAUCCUACUCAGAUUUUAAGCCUUCCAUCAAAUCAUGCCACAGCCUUAUCCUUACGCGAGAAAAGACCUAGGGUCAAAUUUUCUUCAAAGCUUUGGCCCAUUAGUUCUGGAAUUUAUGGAGCAGCUUUAUUAAUUUCAGAUGCAUAUCUAUUGCCGGCUUUGUGAUGGGGUCAAGGGGUUUGUAUGACAUCAGCAUCUGUGUAAAUUAAACCUGACUCCAAAUUCAGGAUAAUAUCAGAGUAAGGCCGUCCAGGAUUCUUUGAGGACAAUGUCUGUGACUUACGCAGGAUCCAGUUUGGCCUCAUCCAAAUGUAUAUGGCAAUUUAAUGCUGAUUCAAUGCUGAAAUUACCGCACUAAUGUAACACUGUUGAAUGCUGUUCCAUGCUUUAAACUCGCAAGAUACAAUAUGUAUUUUUUUCAACUUAUUGUUAUGCAUAAUAUAAAUUG